GGGAGGCAGAGCAUCAAAGUAAAAAAAAAGUGAGAGGACAACAAAAGGGAUAACCUCCUGGAUCCGACCUUCUCCGAGAACAUUAGUUCUCGCUCUGCCUUCUCCAUUUAAAAUCAACUAGUUAAAAAUUCAACUGGAAUAAUUGAGAGAACUAAGGCUGUUUGUAAAUUUCCUGGAAACCAUCUCGUUGCACAGGGUGUUCCCCUCUGGAAUUAAACCCCGAAUAUCUGGGGUAAAAUUAAAGAGGCAGCAGGAGAGAGAGAGAGAGAGAGAGAGAGAAAGAGAGCGAGAGAGAGAGGGGGCAGACAGAUACAGAGAGACAGAGGCAGAGAGAGAGAGAAAAGAGAGGUGUCAGCUCUGUGCAAAGGACCUCCGUCAGUGUGUGCGCAUCGAUCUUCCGACCGCUGCUCUCCGGUCACGGAGUCUCAUUGAGAGGAGCUGUCAGUCAUCGGCGCAAGGGCGGUUCUGUGGAGAAUUGCAGCAGGCAGAGGAUUUGAGAGAGGAAAAACAGAAGCAUUCUCAGUGGAGCUGGGAGCGGCAAGCCUUAGUGCGGGCUCCCCCUUCCGUAAAGGCCAAGUGAGAUCGUGCCCAGCCAUGGCCCGUCGCAGCCUCUGUCUCCUUAUCAUAGUUUUUGCCACGCUUCAUCAGGCUUCUCCCUCGGGGGUGUUUGAGUUGAAAUUACAAGAAUUCAAUAAUCGCAAGGGCCUGAAUGGCAACGUAAAUUGUUGCAAAGGAGGCUCUGCUUCCAACUACGGGCUACCCUGCGAGUGUAAGACCUUCUUCCGCGUGUGUCUGAAACAUUACCAGACGAACAUCUCCCCGGAGCCCCCGUGCACCUACGGCAGCGCCCUCACCCCUGUGCUCGGCUCGAACUCGUUCUCCAUCCCGGACGCCGAAGCAUUCAGCAACCCCAUUCGAUUCCCGUUCGCGUUCACCUGGCCGGGGACUUUCUCUUUGAUCAUUGAAGCCCUGCACGCAGACCCCACCGAUGACCUUAGUACAGAUAAUCCAGAUCGGCUCAUCAGCCGCCUGGCUACCCAACGACACCUCACCGUGGGCGACGAGUGGUCCCAGGACGUACAUAUCAGCAGCAGAACCGAACUCAAGUACUCCUACCGCUUCGUCUGCGACGAACAUUACUACGGAGAGGGCUGCUCCGUAUUCUGCCGCCCCCGAGAUGAUGCCUUUGGCCACUUCAGCUGUGGCGAGAAAGGUGAAAAAAUGUGCAACCCGGGCUGGAAGGGGCCAUACUGUACUGAAUCUAUCUGCCUUCCUGGAUGCGACGAACAACACGGAUACUGCGACAAACCCGGGGAAUGCAAAUGCCGGGUGGGCUGGCAAGGACGAUACUGUGACGAGUGCAUUCAUUAUCCUGGUUGCCUACAUGGAACGUGUCAACAGCCUUGGCAAUGUAACUGUCAGGAAGGGUGGGGUGGUCUGUUUUGCAACCAAGACCUGAAUUACUGUACUCACCACAAGCCAUGCAAGAAUGGAGCCACGUGCACUAACACUGGUCAAGGGAGCUACACUUGUUCUUGCCGCCCUGGUUUCACUGGGUCCAACUGCGAAACCGAAAUCAAUGAGUGCGAUGUCAAUCCCUGCAAAAAUAGCGGAAGCUGCACAGAUCUGGAGAAUCUGUAUUCCUGUACGUGUCCUCCUGGCUUCCAUGGGAAAAACUGUGAACUGAGUGCCAUGAAGUGUGAGGACAGGCCCUGCUUUAAUGGAGGGAGAUGCUUGGACAAGUCCACUGGUGGCUACAGCUGUCACUGUCCGGCUAGUUACUCUGGCUUCAACUGUGAAAAGAAAAUUGACCUCUGCAGUUCCAGUCCAUGCACCAAUGAUGCUGAGUGUGUCGAUAUUGGGGAUUCCUACAUAUGCAAGUGUCGCGCUGGCUUCAUGGGCAGAAACUGUAAUAUUGAUGCGGACAACUGUGCAAGCAGGCCCUGUCUUAAUGGCGGAACAUGUCAGGAUAGAAUUAAUGACUACACCUGCACUUGUCUGUCUGGAUUUAGUGGGAAGAACUGCAGCAUCGCUCUCAGUCAAUGCAUCAACAACCCUUGUCACAAUGGGGCAACCUGCCAUGAAAGAAAUGAUCAUUAUAUCUGCCAGUGCGCCCAUGGCUAUGGUGGUCUUAACUGUCAGUUCCUGUUGCCGGAGCAGCCUCGGGAUCAAACUCUCAUCAUCGACAUUAAGGAUAAAUACACGGAUGCGGAGAACAAGGGCCAGUUCCCGUGGGUUGCCGUGGGUGCUGGGAUUAUUCUGGUCCUGAUGCUGCUCCUGGGAUGUGCUGCGAUUGUUGUCUGCAUGCGAGUAAAGCUUCAGAAGGGCCAACAGCGGCCCGCCAUCUCCAAGAGUGAGAUAGAGACAAUGAACAACCUGAAUGACUGCCAUCGUGAGAAGGACAUUUCCAUCAGCAUCAUUGCUUCCACACAGAUCAAAAACACCAACAAGAAAGUAGAUUUGCAAAGUGAAAGUUCGAUGGAGAGAAAUGGUUACCGGGUCAAAUUCCCUUCAGUGGAUUAUAAUCUGGUGCACGAGUUGAGAAAUGAAGACUUCCUUAAAGAUGAAAAUGAGCGGGGGGAUGCCAGUAUUUCAGAUGCAGAACAGAAAAGUACUCCACAACACAAUGGCGAACCAUCAGAAAGGAAGCAGCCAGAGUCGGCAUACUCUGCUUCAAAAGAUACCAAGUACCAGUCGAUAUACGUCAUAUCAGAAGAGAAGGACGAGUGUAUCAUUGCAACUGAGGUGUGAAAUGGAAGGACAAUAAUUGAAGUAUGGUUGCCUUGCCAAGAAGAGAUUUUCUCCAGUAAACUGCUGCUUAGAUUGAACCGGUUUCUCUGCUGAAACUGGCAGGAAGACUCAAAGGACAGACAGCAAGCCAGGAGUCUGUACUCUCCACUUGCACUGUCUUUAAAUGGCAUUUUUAUAAAGAAAUAAAAAUCCGUUGCACUAUGGACUGACAGUUGCUUCCUGUAUUCUCUACAAUGUCUGAACAGAAAGCCAGCACUGCCCUUGAGUGUAAAUUCAGGAGAAAUUUGAGAAAAUGCUCUCACACUGCAGACACAAAUGCUGCCUCUAGAUGCCUUUCCUUGGAUGUGAACUAUUUAAUGGUUGAGGAGAGGAGGAGGAAAAGAGAACACAAGUAUUCUUUCAAGCACCGAAAUAUUUUUUAAAAACUUGCUUGUGCAUUUGAAGGUUCUUGAAGUUCAUUUCACAUAAUUUAAAAUUCUGCUAUGUAUGUAAAAGGAAAAGGCACUUCAGUUCUAUAUGUCUAUAUUUUGUACAUAUUCGUAUUUAUAGAAACAGGUGCAAAAGAUUAUUGGACUUGUUUGUAUUGUUUUUUGUUACUGAAGAAAAGUGUUUUAUAAAUAUUUUUUCUA